GAAAAAAGAAAAUCCAAACCAGAGCAGGAUUGUUCCGGUGUUUGUGUGUGUGGUUCCUCGGGCUCAUCGGGACUGGAGCCGGGCAGCAUGGAGCGGCGUUUGGGUGGAUGUAUCGGUGAUGUUAGGGAGGUGACGGCGCGGAGGAGGAGGAGGAGAACGGGAGGAUUCUACCUGCUGCUCUGCUGGCUGCUGGCUGCUCACACCACGGCGCACGCCUCAGACGCCUACUCAUCUUCCUCCCCCUCCUCCUCUUCGCCUAGUGUCGGAGGCUUCGUGGACUUCACUUUCAGCCGAGAGCCUCAGGACACGGUGACGGUGCGAGGCGGCGUGCUGCAACUGGACUGCCAGGCGCAGUCCGAUGCAGCGGCGGGACCUCCCGCCAUCACAUGGCGUAAGGACGGCGUGCUGCUGAGCACGGUGGUGGACGAGCGGCGGCAGCAGCUGGAUAACGGCUCGCUGCUGGUGCAGAACGUCGUGCACUCGCGGCACCACCGACCCGACGAGGGCGAAUACCAGUGCCUCGCCACGCUGGACGGACUGGGUAGCAUCGUUAGCCGGACCGCCAGGGUCACUGUUGCCGGCCCACUGAAGGUGGUCGUGCCCACUGAGUCCGUUUCCUCGUACCUCGGCGAUACCGCCCUGCUGCGCUGUGAGGUCUCGGGGGACCCGACACCCAUCAUCCGCUGGCAGAAGAACCGGGAGGACCUACCCCUGACCUUUGACUCCGACUCUCGCUUGGCGGUGCUGCCGUCCGGCUCCCUGCAGGUCAGCCGCGUUCAACCACCAGACUCAGCCACGUACCGUUGUCUAGCCGACAACCCUGGCAGCACCAGGACGGGCACGGACGCCGAGCUCCGAGUCCUCCCAGAGCCCGGGGUGAGCAGGAACCUCCAGUUCCUCCAGCGUCCAUCCAGUGGAACGGCUCUGCUGGGAACCGACGCCGUGCUGGAAUGUUCGGCUUCCGGAUACCCGACUCCCAGCAUCCAGUGGAGGAGAGGAGAGGAACUGAUCCAGAGCUGGAAUAAGAAGUACUCUCUGCUGGUGGGCAGUAACCUGAUCAUCAGGAGCGUCACCGACGACGACUCUGGCAGUUACAGCUGCACAGCCGGCAACAAGAAUCACAACAUCACCGCACACACAGAGCUGAGUGUCCUAGUGCCUCCUCAGUUCCUGAACUACCCGACCAACACGUACGCCUACGAGUCCACGGACAUCGAGCUGGAGUGUGCUGUGACGGGAAACCCGCCGCCAACCGUCCACUGGAUGAAGAACGGAGAGGAAGUCAUCCCCAGCGACUACUUCCAGAUAGUGGACGGCAGUAACCUGCAGAUUUUGGGUUUGGUGAAGUCGGAUGAAGGAUUUUAUCAGUGUGUGGCUCAAAACUCAGCCGGCAGCUCGCAGGCGAUGGCUCAGCUGCUUCUCCGAGAGCCAGUGUCCCCCAGCCCGGGCGUUGCCCUCCCCUCUGCCCCCCGCGACCUGGUCCCUGUCCUAGUGUCCAGUCGAUUUGUCCGACUCAGCUGGCGCCCCCCGGAGGAGACCGGAGGAGCCGUGCAGACCUACGGCAUUUACUACUCUCAGGACGGAGUCGAGAGGGAGCGGUCAGUGAACGUGUCGGAGCCGGAGUCUCUGGAGCUGAUGGUCUCCAACCUGAAACCAGAGGAGAGCUACAGCUUCAGAGUCAUCGCUUACAACGACGUGGGGCCGGGCGAGAGCUCUGCCCCCCUGAGGAUCACCACCAAACCAGACCUCCAGGUUCCCAGCAGGGUGGAGUCUCUCCAAGCCGAGGCCCUGUCUCCCUCCUCGGUCCAGGUGAGCUGGGAGCCUCCCAGCCAACCCAACGGCCCCGUCCUGGGCUACAGACUGCUGUGGACCGAGAGCCCGUCCGCCAAGGAGCAGAGUGUGGAGGUGAGCGGGCUCAACUACAAGAUGGAGGGACUCAACAAGUUCACGGAGUACACGGUUCGGGUUUUGGCGAUCAACCGCUAUGGACCGAGCACCGCCCCGGGGGCCGCCAGCGUCACCACCCAAUCAGACGUACCCAGCGCUGCUCCCCAGAACAUCACCUUAGAGGUCGUCCUGUCCAGGAGCAUCAAGGUGUCAUGGCAGCCGCCUCCGCGAAGCGCCCAGAAUGGCCUAAUCUCCGCCUACAAGAUCAAAUACCGGAAGACCGGUCGCCGCGGAGACCAAGAGGCAAUCGAACCCAACAACUUCUGGUUCCUGUUCACAGGUCUAGAGAAGGGCAGUCAGUACAGUUUCCAGGUAGCAGCCAUGACAACCAAUGGAACCGGUCCAGCCAGUGACUGGUAUAAUGCUGAGACGCCGGAGAACGACCUGGAUGAGAGUCAGGUUCCCGACCAGCCCAGCUCCCUGCACGUCAGGCCGCUUCCCAACAGCAUCAUCAUGUCCUGGACUCCGCCCCUCAGUCCAAACAUCCUGGUUCGAGGCUACAUCAUCGGCUACGGAGUGGGGAGCCCCUAUGCCGAGACGGUCCGAGUGGACAGCAAACAGAGAUACUUCUCCAUCGAAAACCUGGAGCCGAGCUCGCACUAUGUGAUUUCCCUGAAGGCAUUCAAUAACGCCGGCGAGGGUGUCCCUCUGUAUGAGAGCGCUGUUACUCGAUCCCUGACAGACCCCAUAGACCCAUCUGAGGAUGACCACUUCCACCUCUUUGAUAAAUACCCCACUCCCAUGCCAGACACCAGCACUCCCAUGAUCCCACCGGUGGGGGUCCAAGCCGUGGCUCUGUCCUCGGACUCGGUCCGCGUCUCCUGGGCCGACAACUCUAUGACCAAGAACCAGAAGGCGUCUGAGGUCCGGUACUACUCUGUCAAGUGGAAGACCAGCUACUCCACCAGUGGAAAGUACAAGUCCGCAGACACCACGGCGCUCAGCCACACCGUCACCGGCCUCAAACCAAACACCAUGUACGAGUUUGCUGUCAUGGUGACCAAAGGCCGCAAGUCCAGCACUUGGAGCAUGACGGCGCACGCCACGACGUACGAAGCAGCUCCUAGCUCCGCCCCCAAAGACUUGACGGUGAUCAGUCGCGAGGGACGACCCCGCGCCAUUUUAAUCAGCUGGCAACCGCCGAUGGAGUCCAACGGCCGAAUCACAGGUUACAUCGUGUACUACACGCUGGAUAAGAACAUGCCCAUCGAUGAUUGGGUGAUGGAGGCGAUCAGCGGUGACCGGCUGACCCAUCAGGUCGUGGAUUUGAACCUCGACACCGUUUAUUACUUCAGGAUUCAGGCCAAAAAUGCCAAAGGAGUCGGCCCACUGUCUGAGCCCGUCCACUUCAGGACUGCCAAAGUGGAACAUCCAGACAAGAUGGCCAACGAUCAGGGUCGAGGGGGAGACCACGCCUACUGGCCGUCUGACACCAACCCGAUUGACAGGAGCAGCAUCAACGAGUCUCCUAUUGGUCAGAUGCGUCCACCGCACGGCAGCGCCACGCCCCAAAAGAACAGCAACCUCCUGGUCAUCAUCGUGGUUUCCGUGGGAGCCGUCACCGUGGUCGUGGUCGUCAUCGUGGCGCUCAUCUGCACGCGGCGCUCCUCCGCCCAGCAGAGGAAGAAGAGAGCGAGCCACAGCGCCAGCAAGCGGAAGGGCAGCCAGAAGGACCUGCGGCCCCCCGACCUCUGGAUCCACCACGAGGAGAUGGAGAUGAAGAACAUGGACAAAGCUCCCAGCGUGGCUCCGUCCGGACACGAUUCGCCUCUUCAGUCCUGCCAGGACCUCCCCCAGGUCGCACACAGCAAAUCAGAGAGCCAGAUGGGCAGCAAGAGUAGCCACUCAGGAGCCGACGGAGACGAUGCGUCCAGCAGUAUCUCCACUCUGGACCGCUCCAUGGCGGCCAGGAGGGGCGCGCGGGGCAAGAUGAUGAUUCCUAUGGACUCUCAGCCCAGCAACACACCGGUGGUCAGUGCCAUCCCGGUGCCGACCCUGGACUCCUCCCAGUACCCGGGUAUCCUGCCUUCACCGUCCUGCGGCUUCACUCACAACAAGUUCAGCCUGAGGCCGAUGCCGUUCCCCAGCCUGACCGUGGACCGAGGAUACACACCAGUGAUGCCUUCGGACUCCUCCAUCAAUCCUCUCCUCCAGCAGCAGCCCCAAACCCAGCAGGCCACUCCACUCCUCCCCGGCUCCUCAGCACCGCCCGGAGACCACGUCCCUGGCCCGAUCCCGGGGCCCCCUGCUGCUGCUGAGGAGGCCCAGGCCGGCGGCGGUCGCACCAUCCCAACGGCCUGCGUCCGGCCCACCCACCCACUCCGGAGCUUCACCAACCCACUGCUGCCACCGCCGAUGGGCACCAUCGACCCCAAGGUGUACACCUCCAUGAUGCCGCAGUCUAGUGCGAGCCUCCCGAAGCCCCAGGUGAAGACGGCCUCUCUGGGCCAGGCCGGUAAGGCCCGCUCCCCUCUGCUGCCCGUCUCGGUCCCCACGGCGCCGGACUUAACGGAGGAGGGAGGGACCAAACCUGCAGAGGAUUCGGCCGCCAACGUUUACGAGCAGGAUGACCUGUCGGAGCAGAUGGCCAGUUUGGAAGGGCUGAUGAAGCAGCUCAACGCCAUCACCGGCUCCGCCUUCUAA